AUGGGAUUGCGGGGGUUGGAAAGGACCUGUAAGAUCGUCGACUCCAACCGUUACCCUAGCGCUGCCAAAACCACCAUUAAACAUGGGAGGCGGGGAAGGUUCCCGGUUCCCCCGCGGAGGAGCACUUUUCGGACGGGGCGGCCCCGGUCCCUCGGCGGGGCGCUCCCCUCCGGGUCCGCGGCGGCGGGGGAAGCAGGGGGGCGGUCGCGGGGGGCGGACGGGGCGGCGGCGGCAGCUGGGAAAGGAGGGGGCUGGCGUUUCAGAGGCUGGGCGGCCGCUGGCACGUCGGGGUCGCCCAACGGCAGCCUGGGCGGCUGGGACCCCUUCGGGCGGGACGAGGAGCUGGCGAAGCUGGAGAUCGCCGUGCUGGCCGUCACCUUCGCCGUGGCGGUGGUGGGCAACGGCAGCGUGCUGCUGGCCCUGCGCCGCACGCCCCGCAAGGCGUCCCGCAUGCACCUCUUCAUCCGCCACCUCAGCCUGGCCGACCUGGUGGUGGCCUUCUUCCAGGUGCUGCCCCAGCUCUGCUGGGAGGUGACCCACCGCUUCCACGGGCCCGACGGGCUCUGCCGCGUCGUCAAGCACCUGCAGGUCUUCGGCAUGUUCGCCUCGGCGUACAUGCUGGUGGCCAUGACCGCCGACCGCUACAUCGCCGUCUGCCACCCGCUGAAGACGCUGCAGCAGCCCACCAAGCGCUCCUACGGGAUGAUCGCGGCGGCCUGGGCGCUCAGCCUGCUGCUCAGCACCCCCCAGUACUUCAUCUUCUCCCUCAGCGAGGUGGAGCGCGGCUCGCAGGUCUACGACUGCUGGGCGCACUUCAUCAUGCCCUGGGGGCCCCGCGCCUACAUCACCUGGAUCACCGGCGGCAUCUUCGUCGCCCCCGUCCUCAUCCUCGUCACCUGCUACGGCUUCAUCUGCUACCACAUCUGGCGCAACGUCCGGGGCAAGACGCGCCCCGGCGAGGCGGCGGCGGCGGCGGCGGGGACGGGCAGCGGGCUGCGGGCGGGCGGCAGAGGCGGGCGGCGGGGGCUGCUGCUCGCCCCUUGUGUCAGCAGCGUCAAGACCAUCUCCCGCGCCAAGAUCCGCACCGUCAAGAUGACCUUCGUCAUCGUCACGGCCUACGUCGUCUGCUGGGCACCCUUCUUCACCAUCCAGAUGUGGUCCGUCUGGGACCAGCGCUUCCCCUGGGUCGAUUCUGAAAACACUGCCACUACCGUCACGGCUCUGCUGGCCAGCCUGAAUAGUUGCUGUAACCCCUGGAUCUACAUGUUCUUCAGCGGGCACCUCCUGCAGGACUGCAUACAGAGCUUCCCUUGCUGCCAAAAAAUAAAGCAAACGCUGAGUAAAGAGGAUUCAAACAGCAACAGCAGGCGACAGACUUCUUUUACCAACAACAGGAGCCCGACCCACAGCUUGAACACCUGGAGAGAGUCACCCCACUCCAAGUCGACCAGCUUCAUCCCCAUCCCCACCUGAGACUGACCCUGGGGCAGGCAGGGCUUGCAGCCCAGUAACGGGGAGGCUAUGGCAUAGCACUCCAUGCUGGUCACGGGCACCAGUCAUGGCAACAAGGAAUGACUAAGGUGGCCAUAAGAUAAAACGUGCCGCGUCGCUCGAUAGCCUAUUCUGCAGCGUGUAAAUUAUUUUAUGGGAGGUAUUUAGGACUUGGGCAACUGUUCAGGAAGGCGUGACAACAAUAAAGCAAUUAUUUUUCUAAAUAGAAUUUAUUAUUUUUGUUUGUUUGUUUGUUUGUUUGUUUCUAAAAUAUUAAGUGCAUUGUUUGGUUGUUGUUCAGAGCAGUGAGAAUAGUGGAGUUGGCAUGUGUUGGGGUAACUCCGCUCUCUAGUGUUAAUGCCUACAACUUCUCAUGGUUGUUCAAUGAAGUCACGGGGAAAGAUGACGAUAAGAGCAAGAUCACAAAUUAGUCUUAAACACAAAAAGAAAAGAGCUGGGGGAAUGUCCUGACUGUCCAGAUAAGGAAUGUGGUUAGACAGGCUCUAUACUAUUGGAAAUGUAAUUGAUCAUACCAUUUUAUCUUGUAAAGGUCUAGCAACUCUCAGUUAAUGAAAUUUAAUAGCCCUUGUGAAAGCAGAGCCUUCAGUGCUGUCGAUGUCUGUAUGUGUGUUGCAGGGUUUCAUUUUUGGGGUGACAUUUCCUCUUCCCUUUCCUGUUGAUGGAAGUUACACAGCAUACUUUUUUUGUGUGUGUUGUUGCACCUAUCUUGAUUUUUUUAAACUACUUUUUAAAGAUAUAUUGAUAAGUAAGUAGGAUAAGCUAUGACUAGCUCAACACUGUUACAAACAGAUACACCAAGAAAACCCAUUGUGACUACCAGAAACACUUGCUUUAUGAGUAACAAUUGCAUCUUCUCUUUUUUCUUCACCAAGACAGCUGGGAUUAGUCACAUUUGGUUGUCAAGAAAAUAGCUCCAUAAAUUCAGGAGAAAGUGGCCGUUUGGUAAGAGCUGAAGAAUCAGUAUAUUACAGGACAGAGAUCUGAGAAUCAAACUUAUAAGUCUUCUCGGAACAUAAAAAUUGUCAUUGCUGUUGUUUAUUUAUUUUUGGUAGAUCAUGACAAUAGAGACUUUGGCAGUAAGCUGCAAUAAAAUGUCAAUCACAACACAUUUACUCAUUAUAAAGAUUCAAGGUGUGCUUGUUUUCACUACUGCGCAUGCCAAGGAAAAUGUAGUUCCUACAGCUUGUAAAAAAUCCUGUUACAUCUUUCCAUGGAGUCUGUCUUUACCUGGAGAUUGGGUUUUGAAGCUCCUUGAAUAAGUUUUGCUGAGGGUUUAAAGUCCUGAGGAUCUCUUUGAGGAGUCCAGCUACCUGUCUUCACCUGAGUUCUCUGGGUCUUGAAAUACAUACAUUUUCCUGGCAGUGUGCAGGACUCCUGUUGCAGCCCCAACUGGCUCCCUGGAGUGGUGGGACACAUGCGCGGCUGUAUAACACGCAUCCUUAUGUUUGCAAGGAGGGGUUUCAGCAGCAGGUUUCUUUUUUUCCCACCAAAACCAUCCAAAAAAGAUGAUUGCUUUCCUAAUUGCUUGGGAAGAAAAAAAUAAUAAAUGAGGUCACAACUGUGGCUCUCACUGGGGAUGGGCUUCAUGCCUCUCACAAGAACGGUAGUAGAAAUUCAUAGAGCUUGAUGGCAGAUGAGACGAUACUCAGCUUGGCAUCCACUCUGGGAGCUUCCACAUGUGUCACUGUCUAUUCCAGGCAAAGAAUAGAGAAGAAUAUAGCUCCAAAAAAAAUAUUUGGGUUCUGUUGUUGCUAAAGAAAAUCUUAGAUCUUCUCUUUACCUUCUGUUUUAUCAUUCUCUGCUCUUCAGGAGAACAAUCUGGUCUAAUGUUUUGUUGCUGUUGCCUAAAACACUAGGACCCAAAGGACAGCAUGAUGGAAUGGCUUAUAUUUAACAGACUAUCUUUUUGACCACCUUUGGUACACAGAGGUGACUACAGCUCUCACCAGUUAUGGGUGAAAGUUUUGUGAACCUAAAGUUGUAUUUUAGUCCAAAAAAUGCAUGCCAUGACGCCGUGUGUGUGUGUAUUUGUGCACAUUGUAUGUACUGCAUAUACUUUGCACGCAGGUAAUUCACAAUUACUGAAAUUGCAAAUGUUUGAAGUUGAGUACACUGUCCUUUGCCUAGUUUUCCAUUUGUGUUACUACUUUCUUUGUACAUAAAAUAUAUAUUAAAAAACAAUUAGCUGUACUAACAGAAUUUUCAUGUUUGCAGAAUUGAAUUAUUUUUCUAUUACACUUUAUAUUCAAACAGAGAAAACAAAGAAAAAAACAAUGUUGAAUAAUGUUCAUUAUAAAACUAAGCUGGGUAAUGACCAAUAUAUUAAAAAAAAAAAAGGAAACAGACUCAAAAUAACAAUUUUUAGUUUCUUCCAAAUAUGUUACAAUAUCUAGGCUUACACUUAGGGCUUGUCGGCGUAAAUGUACCCUGUGAGUGUUCUACAGCUUCUGUAAUUAAAUUGAUAACACUAUUUAGCAGCAUUUGGAUUCCAGGCAUUUUUUGUAAAUACCAAGUUUUGCUUUUUCACAGAAUUGUAGCAUUGGAAGAUACAGCCUAUAUUUAUUAAUUGUUCAUCUGCGGAGAUACAGGUCUUUUUUAACAGCUGCUUUGGGCUAUCAUGAGGGCACAAUAAUGAAAACAGAAGGAAACAAGAAAUUGUGAAACCAUUGCACAUUUAAAACAUGGAAAAUUGCUCUAAUAAA